GGCUGUUGACACCUGAUGCUAGCAUGUGUUCUAGUUAACCAUUCAUCUCCAUGUGUGUGUUAAAUGACCUUUUGCAAUCAUACCUCACAUUCUCUGUUAUAAGGAAAUAAAGAUGCAGCCUACAUCUUAAAGAUAGCUGUGUUAAUACUGUAAUAAAAUAUGUCCGAAAGAAUUUCAGACUACUGAAAGCUAAGAGAUGAGAUAUGAAUAAAUGUUCAGUCUGUCUUCAGUAGAUUAACAUCUGUAAUUAAUGCGCACCACUUGUGGUAUGCCUGACAAUAUUUCCACAGUUAGCCUGUAACUCAUGACAUGCAAUAUUCAAAUGAAAGUUAACUUAUAACUCGUCCUAUUUGUUCCAAAGAGUCUUAAGUUACUCAGUGUUUAUUCAAUUCAACUUGCUGUUCACUGUGUGAGGCAGAGUUGCUCAGCUUCAGUAUCAACACCCACGCGACACACAUGUAUGAACAAGGACCUCUGGGGUAUCGUACAAACAUGCUGGGACAAAGAUCUACAGAGACCACCAAUGCUGCUCCACACCUGCACCAGUCAAGCAGUUUGCUGGAUAGUGAGAAAACCGGAGCGGCUCUGCUGUUUUCUGGAGGCUUCCUCAUCUUGGUUGGAGUCACCUUCACUGCGAUGGGCUGGCAGCAGUACAAAAUCAACCCCGACUUUCAGUGGAUCCAACUUCUGGGCCCCAUCCUUAUCUCAGUUGGAGGUACCUUCAUGCUAACAAGCAUCUGCAAGUUUAGGAUCAUCUCCUGUUGGGCCUGCAAACAAGUGGAGGAGGAGGACGUGUUUGUUAUCCCUGUGAGAGAGCAAAGCACGACGGGACACCCUGUUGUUGUUCGAGGCAUAAAUCAGGCAGUCAUGUUACAGGGUGCCACAACAAUGCUCUGCAUCCCA